AUGUUGGACUACUUCUGCAUCUUCACCAAGAGUGGAGCCUUGCUGUGGGCCCUGUCCCUCACAACCGUCAAGGGCGAGCCCGUGAACGCUCUCAUUCGAGAAUGCCUGCUGGAGGAGCGCACGGGGGACACCACCUUCUCCUACACUUCCCCUUCGGGGGCCGCCUACAACCUGAAGUGGGCGCUCAACAAUGCCCUGGGCAUUGUAUUUGUCGCCGUCUACCAGAAGGCACUGAAGCUUGCAUAUGUUGAUGAGCUGCUGGGGAAGGUGAACGCCUCCUUCUCUCCACGGUACCAGCCUGCCAAGUUCAGCUAUGCGGACUUUGAGCCCACAUUCAAGCGCCUGCUGCGGGAGAGCGAGGAGCGUGCCGAUCAGAGGGCGAGGAGCUGCAAGGUCCGGCCCUGCCUGCAGGCCGCAUUUCAGUCGGAGAGGACGGAUGGCGACGAGGAUGAGGCAGACUCCAAGAUCAGGGCCUCAGAUAUGGCCACCUCCCAGACAGAUGCCACAGACCUCACCGGGCAGAGUGAGGAGUCGGAGGGCCACCUCUCGAACGGCUUCGAUGCUGCCCUGCUCUCCAAGCGGCUGGCAAAGCGGGGCGGCCCCGGCGCAAAGGCUGCCAAGCGCGCGGAGCUCAGGGACGCCCCCAAGCCCAAGGGGAAAGCGGCGGCCAAGCCCAAGGUCGCCCGCACCUGGAACGAUCCCUCAGGCGAGCCACGUGUGGAUGCCGCCGCCCUGGACUUCACCGAGGACAAGCCCAGCGACGUGGAAAGCGAGACGGUGGCGGACUUCAGCAAGCUGAGCUUGAUCGACGUGGCCGAGGAAGUGGUGUUUGAUGACGUGGAGGAAGAGGCGACCGGCGCCUCUGGCGCCGCCAAGAAGCCCGCGGCCACGGGCUUCCUUUCCUCCCUGGUGCGCAGCAUGGGCGUGUCGGUGGCGGGGACGUCCAGCCUCACGCGCGAGGACAUCGCCUCGGCGCGCACGGCGCUGAAGACCAAGCUCAUGGAGCGCAACGUGGCGGAGGAGAUCGCGGAGAAGGUGUGCGAGUCGGUGGCGGCGGGGCUGGAGGGCCGGCGCCUGGGCUCCUUCACCCGCGUCUCCACCGUCGUGCGCGAGGCAGUGGAGGCGGCGCUCACCCGCAUCCUGACCCCCAAGCGCAGCAUCGACGUCCUGCGCGGCGUCCGCGAGGCCAAGGCGAGGCGGCGGGGGGAUCGGGCACGCGGCCGCCCAUACACCAUCGUGUUCGUGGGCGUCAACGGUGUGGGCAAGUCCACCAACCUGGCCAAGGUGGCGUACUGGCUGCGCCAGAACGGCGCCAGCGUGAUGAUCGCGGCCUGCGACACCUUCCGCUCUGGGGCGGUGGAGCAGCUGAAGACCCACUGCGCGCGCCUGGGUGUCCCGCUGUUCGAGCGCGGGUACGAGAAGGACCCCGCCAAGGUGGCCGCCGAGGCCGCCAAGGCCGCGGCGCGCGCCGGCACCGAUGUGCUGCUGGUGGACACGGCGGGGCGCAUGCAGGACAAUGAGCCCCUCAUGCGCGCGCUUUCCAACCUGAUCAGCCUUAAUGCGCCCGACCUGGUGCUCUUCGUGGGGGAGGCCCUGGUGGGCAACGACGCAGUGGACCAGCUGACAAAGUUCAACCGGCGACUGGCCGACCUGUCCCCAGGGCCCAACCCCCACCUCAUCGACGGCAUCGUGCUCACCAAGUUCGAUACCAUCGACGACAAGGUCGGGGCCGCUCUGUCCAUGGUCUACACCUCGGGCGCUCCCAUCGUCUUCGUGGGCUGCGGCCAGACCUAUGUCGACCUCAAGCGGCUGCACGUUAAGAGCAUCGUGGCAGCGCUGCUCAAGUGA